AUGAGUACAGGGAAGAUCAUCUUCUAUGAGAACAGGAACUUCAUGGGGCGUUCCUGGGAGUGCAGCGGCGACUGCCCCAACAUGUCCUCCUACCUGAACCGCUGUUACUCAUGCCGAGUGGAGAGCGGGUGCUGGAUGGUGUACGAUCGACCCAACUUUAUGGGCAACCAGUAUUUCCUCAGGAAGGGGGAGUACAAUGACUACAUCGGCAUGUGGGGAAUGAACGGUUGGAUCCGCUCGUGCCGCGGAAUCCCCAUGUAUAGCGGUCCCUACAGGAUGAGGAUCUACCCCAGGGAGUACUUCAUGGGUCAGAUGAUGGAGAUGUCUGAUGACUGUGACUCCUUCAUGGAUCGGUAUAAGUGGUCUCAAGGCUGCAUGUCCUGCCACGUGAUGGACGGCCACUGGCUCAUGUACGAGUAUCCUAACUACAAAGGCAGGAUGUGGUACUUUGGACCCGGACAGUACCGGAACUACAGACACAUGAUGGGAACGAGUGGCAUGAGGUUCAUGAGCAUGAGGCGCAUCAUGGACUCCUGGUAUAACUAG